GUGCGUGUGUGUGUGUGAGCGAGAGAGAGAGAGAGGAAGAGGUUUGGCUGACAAGCUGAGGAGGACCACGGAUCGGAGAGCAGAAGAAGAAGAAACAGUAGCAUCAUCAGCAUCAUCCGCAUCAUCCGAGGAAGCAGAAGAAGAAGAAGGGUCAUCAUCCAACACUUGUUCAUCUUCACCAGCCGCUCAGGAUUUCUGUUCCUCCCCUCACCUCCUCUGGCCUGACUGACCCACCAGCUCGUCGUCAUGAACUACCUUCGCCGGCGCCUGUCUGACAGCAGCUUCGUGGCCAACUUGCCCAACGGCUACAUGAUGGAUCUGCAGAGGCCAGCCCCGCCCGGAUCAUCCAUUUCAUCUCCCGCCUCCCCAGCCACCGAGAGGCGUCAGCCCCCGAGCCUCCCGAGCCAAACCCCGGGCUCGGGCUCGGGCUCGGGUUUGGGUUUGGGUCUGGGUUCAGGCCCGAACCCGCCCUCAGCAGCGGGUUCGGGGAGCUUCCUCAGCUCCUUCUCCAGCGUGGUGAAGAGUGCCCAGAUGGCCCAGAACGUCGCCGCCGCUGCACACGCCAAGUCAGCUGGAGCUGCGGCAACUGAGGCGGCUUCUGCUGGAGGCGGUCAGCCGGCCAAACCUGCGGUACGCAAACCCAAGAUCCUGCUGGUGGUUGAUGAUCAGCACACUGACUGGGCCAAGUAUUUUCGGGGGAAGAAGCUGAACGGAGAAUAUGAGAUCCGAGUUGAGCAGGCGGAGUUCUCAGAGAUCAACCUGGCCUCUUACGUCAACUCAGGAUGCACGGUGGACAUGCAGGUCAACAAAGGCGGCUCCAAAGUGGUCAGGUCUUUUAAGCCAGACUUCGUCCUGAUUCGCCAACACGCCUACAGCAUGAUUCCCGGCGAGGACUUCAGGAACGUUGUGAUCGGCCUGCACUUUGGUGGCGUGCCGAGUGUCAACUCCCUCUUCUCCCUAUAUAAUUUCUGCAGCAAACCUUGGGUGUUUUCUCAAAUGAUUAAGCUCUACCACUCCCUCGGCCCCGAGAAAUUCCCCCUGAAUGAACAAACCUUCUACCCAAACCACACACAAAUGAUCACAACCCCUUCGUUCCCUGUGGUGGUCAAGAUGGGGCAUGCUCAUGCUGGUAUGGGAAAGAUUAAAGUGGAGAACCAGCAGGACUUCCAGGACAUCACCAGCGUGGUGGCCCUGGCCGGGACCUACGCCACCACUGAGCCCUACGUCCAGUCCAAGUACGACAUCCGCAUUCAGAAGAUUGGCAGCAACUACAAGGCUUACAUGAGAACGUCAAUUUCUGGCAACUGGAAGGCCAACACGGGUUCUGCCAUGUUGGAGCAAAUCGCAAUGACGGACAGAUAUCGCAUGUGGGUGGACUCCUGUGCUGAGAUGUUUGGUGGCCUCGACAUCUGCGCCGUGAAAGCUGUCCACGGAAAAGAUGGCAACGACUACAUUAUCGAGGUGAUGGACAGCUCCAUGCCUCUGAUUGGUGAGCACGUGGAGGAGGACAAACAGCUCAUUACAGAGCUGGUCAUCAACAAGAUGGCGCAGGUGCUGCUGGGAGUUGUUACACCUCAGACUUCUGCUGUGAAGACCACUCAGCCCAGGCGAGGCGGACACCGCUCUGCUUCAGCCUCUCCGUCGCAGUCGGCCCAGGGCUCGCCUCAGAGAGCACGCUCCGCCACCACCUCUCCCAGCCAGGCCUUCCAGCCCGGCCCCAUCCCGGCCUCCUCUGGGCCUGGAUCUCAGAAACAGUCCCCUCAUCUCAACAAAUCCCAGUCACUGACCAACACCUUCACAGAGACGUUACGGGGAAGCCUGACCGACGACGAGGCCAAGGCCGAGACCAUCCGCAGCCUCCGGCAGUCCUUCGCUAGCCUCUUCUCUGACUAAAGAAGCUCCGCCUCCCUCGAGCUUCAUGUUGGACGUCAGGUCAAAGACUAAAAAAAUGAAAAAAGCUUCAUCUGUAAAGGAGUCUCUUCUCUCUUCCGAACUUCGGCUUUGUGUUUUUUCUUUGCAUUAAUCCAGUUGUCCAUCCGCUGUUCUCAGAAUAUUAGUGAAGUUAGCACUAGAAAGGCCAAGAGAUCCUCAGGAUCUAAGAGGAAGUUAGAAGGAGCCAAACUUUCAAAGGUAAUACGGUGCCUUUAAAAACUAUUCUUCACACUUUCGUCAUGUUAAAACCCCCAAACUUCACUGUAUUGUAUUGAGAUUUUUACAGCAGAGAUCAACAACUGCUUCUAAUUGUAAGCAGAAGAAAAGCGUUAAAAAAAGCAAACAGGUUUAAAUAAGAACAACCAUUAGAGUUUAUGGAUGUAACGUGACACAAAGUAAAAUUGAGACAUUUACAAGAUGUUUAUUCACAGCUUCAUGAAUUUUGUCAUAACUGUCACUGUACCCAUUUACACUGUCAGGUUUGAUCACUUGAGGAAGUCUGGCCUUUCUAGUUCUGCCUGCUGUAACUACAGAAAAUCCUCAUGUGGUAGCUUGUGCUGCUUGGUAUGUUAUCGUUCUGCAUCCUCCCUGUGCAGCUGGUAGAGAUGUGUUCCUGUUUGUCUCUCUUCAUCUUUACCCAUUUUAAGUGACACGCAGCUUCCGGGUUAUUUGCAGACGGCAAGGCGGUUCCACUUCGGUGUACAUAAACGUACCAAACGGUCACAGUUCACCAGCGAGCUCUGAAGCACCUCAGCCAGCAGUCGCAGAUCUUCUCAGACAUCCAGAGUGUGACGCAGUGACUCCUCUACGCCUGGCCUAACUUUACCAAAGUGCUUUUCAAUGGCAGAUAUAAAGAAACCCCCCUGCACUGGGUCAGGAAAACAGUCAGCUGGUAGAAACAUUUCUACCCGGUGCGAAUGCCGUCCUGGCUUAUGGCCGUCGUCUUCCGUCGCAGCUCAGUUGCUAAGCUCGGUUAGUUUCACCUUUACCCAUUUGUCACGCUGGAUUUACAUCGCACCUGCUUCUGCUGGGUACUGGUGAGCAGCGAGGCUCAGUCGAGACAGAAAAGGUUCUCUUAUGUUCCGGAAUGUUCCAUAUUUCCUCUCUGUUCUCUGCAGCCCUGGUCAGCUGAGUUUACAGGUGUUCCGCGAUACGUCUUGUUUUGGAAUUCAGAGCCAUAUAUGGACUCGAACUGAAAAACUGAGGCAGUCGUAACUCCUGGAGAGUUGUGAUUUAUUUAAAAUGUUUCCUGGAAAGUGAGUUGGCUUCAGAAAUCCUUUUCGUCUCCCUGCGUGCUGCAGGUUUUCAGAGAAAUGAGCUUAGGUGAAGGUCAGAUUUGCAAACACAAUACAGCCAUUGUGUAUUCAUCUGUCAUUCACACGAGGAAAAAAGUCGUUCAAACCCACGGCUGAACGGCAGCUUUGCUUUAGAGGGCAAAUAUUAGAAUUUUCUAACUUAUAGAGUGAGAUUUUGUCCAGUUCCGUCAAAGAAAACAAUAAGAACAUAGAGCUGAGAACGUAGCUGAAAGGUAAGGAAGAGUCAUGACUCUACAUCUGCAUACUUGGGCGCAGGAGUCACAGCUUCCAUCUAAAACAAUAGUAAUGGUAGCAAAGUCCUCAGCUUGAAUUUUAGUUCAUACGGUGAGGAUUUCUGUUGUUAUUCAUCUACUGAGGCAAAGAAAGUCAGGAGAAAUGUUAUGUGACAGCAGUGGCACGGAGACCUAUCAAACCAGCACGCUGUGGAGGGCUUAAGAAGCUCUAUGUUGAGGCCAGUCUGCCUUCAAUUGAUAGCGUGUGACAAAAACUGUAAUUCAAAAUAUUAGAUUUCAGGCAGCAUUCAUAUGUAUAUAUAUAUACUGUAAUUUCUGUCACCACAAUAUUCAAAAACCACAAUAUUUACCUUUUUUCUCUACAUAAUCACUUGGUGUUUAACCAAAUAUGGCUUAACAAUUAAACACUAACAUAGCUAUCAAAAUGGCAUUUAACUUGAUCAGCUGAAGCUAGUUAGCAACAAUUAAUACACAGAAGGAUCAUUCAGAGAUAAUGGUUAGCAUAACAUGAUAUGCGUACAUCAGUAGACAUUUUUUACUGACUCCUAAAGCUUGAAAAGUAAAUAUUUUCUUACACAGUAUACUUUAUGCUCACAAACGAUAGCUGUGGUUGCCACAGCGUCCUGGCUGUCCUCUCCUUGCUUGAGCUAUCGGUGGUAGCCCUAGUCCUAGCCCUUGUCCAGGAAAUUCAACAGAGAAACUGUUUUUCUCUGUUGGAGAUUUCAACAUUUACAAGAUGCUUAAUAUUUCACAUUUAUUUAAAUUUUAAAAGGGUUUGAAUUAUCCUGUUGUUUGCUAAUGUUCAAGUGAAAUCAACUAAUUUAAACUGAGAAUAGAAAUAUGAUCCUGCUGCUGACACAGCUGAAUAUUUAUCAAAUUACUAAAGAUAAAUUAAUUUCAGUGGCUCUGUUUUUCUGGUUUUAAAUAGUUGCAUGUGUGAAUCAUAGUUACAUAGUUUGUGUAAAUAAGUAAGAAUGCUGAGGGUCAGUUCACUGAUGGGCAAUAACAGCAAUUGUGCCAUGAAGCAAAAAUAAGCAGAUUUUAAGAAACCAGUUUUAAGGUUUUCAGUUUUUAUGUAAGGCAUUAGAAAAUCAACCGUCUGGUCGAACACAACUCAGUAGCUGUUGUUAACUGUGUCAAUAAAUUAAUGUGCUUCUUUUAAAGCAUUCUUAAAUUUUCCGAAUUUGUCCUUCAUUUUGGGAAUCUCUACAAAUGUUGUACCCAAGCUAUUAUGUUUUUAAAAUACUUCAUUUCAGAGGAGCUUUUUUUCAGUGGUUAGCUUCGUUAGCCCCGUCAAGCUAACCAAUUUGGACACCCUGAUUCCUAGCAUCAACGGUACUAGCAAACAUUAUAUAAACAUGUUCCAAAGCAGAGACAGAACACAUAACUUUAGUCAUAUUUGUGCAGUUUUAGUUUUAAUACAUUUACAGUGAAGUUAUUCGAAAUGUUUGUUUUGGGGGGGGGUUUUUACCAAUACCAGCAAUUUACCAAAAUGAUCUUUUAAAAUGAUUCUUCCCACUUGAUUUGCUUUUAACUGGGCAUAAAUUUUAAAUACAUGACCAAGCAGAAUGCUGAUAAUGCUGAUUAUGCUGAUAAACCAAAGCUGGUGUAGCUUAGCCUAAAUGUUAGUCAAUGCUAACUGAGAGGAUUUUGUUAGCCAGUUAUAAAUUAGCAUCAUAAUACCUUCGCAGACACUUUGUAUGAAGUUUGAAGGGAGAAACUUCUGAAGAGCAGCAUACUGCUCUUCAGAAGUUAGCGCUGUUGACGUCAUAACGUUAACAGCGCUAACUGUCCUGAAUCAUCUUUGACCUAAUCAAUAUUUACCCUUACUUUUUACACAUUUUUAGUCUGAGAUGUUUUUCAACUGCUGAAUAGAAAUACAGUAUUGCUGCAUUAAUACAAACAGCUUUUAUUCACACCAAUAGCAUAAAAAACCCCUGCUAAUAAAGUUAACCUUUAAAACUUCAGAUGCAAAAGCCUUAAAAUAGAGGAAACACACAAACACAUAAAAAUAAUACACAACAGUGCAGACCCUUGUAAGCUUUGUUUGUCUGUUUUAAACCCUUUCUUUGACUUGGCAUAUAAAAGCUCAAACUAUUUCACAGAUGAAGUCCUUUACUUGUUUGUUUUAUAUCUGAGGUCCCAUAAUAAUGUGCAAAAAGCUUUUAUGUCCCAAAUAUAGUUUGGUCUUUUGUAUGAAGACCAAACUAUGCUUACCCAUAAGCCAGGACAAAUAGUAUUUAAUAGUGGGUGUAAUACAGUCCAAGUUUGAGCUGAAGAAAGUUCAAACUUGUGUUACUGUUCUAGCCAUCUUUUUAGUUCCAAAGCUAACCGGACAGCAUCUGAAAGCAGCUAAUAUUUCAAGUUUAUGCUAGCUUAGAAAUGAUAGAGUCAGACAGAAGGUAAACUGGAUUCUACUGGUUGAAAUUUGUUUUUAACUUUUCCACCUACCCAUACGUGACUUUGUGGAUCCUUAUGAGUCACCAUGAUAACCAAUUUCAUAAAUUUGUUUAAGGUUGUGGUGGCAAGCCGGGCAAAAAAAGGGGCCAUUCGAGAAUUUCUUUAGGGUUACAUUUUGGCCCUAUAUUGAUCAUUUAUAGGUUUGAUGCAGGACGACUGACUUCAUGGGUAAAAAUGUAAAUGUGGCCCAUAUGGGUCCCUGAUGUGUAACUGAUUUUCUUAAUCUCCAUUUCAACUCAAAGCUACAGCUCUCAGCUGGUUCUGCCUAUGUGAGUUGUAUUUAGUCAGAUCAAGUGGAUCCCAUAUGUGAAGCCCAUUCAGAGCCCCGUUUGUCCCCAUCAUGCCUCAGAAGUUGCUCUGCAAAUUCAGCGUCUUGUAAUUUCACUCUUGCAGUCACUCCUUAUCUGUUCUCACUGUUUCAAGAUGGACCAAAAUGUAUCUCAUUACCUUUACUGUAGGGAUUACUCCUGCUUAGCAUGCAACACCAGUAUGAAAAGCCAUAAUCGAGCGAUGAGGAUUUCUAUCCCUUGUGUUCCACGCAAUAAAGCUGUGACAUCACUCACAAAGCGGUGCGUUAGCCUUUAGCUACUAUAAUCACUGUGUCCGUGGCCUCUCCUGCCUCGCAUAGAAACUCAGCAAUUGUUGCUUCUUCUUUUUGAAGGUUUCCCAUUUGAUUUCUGUCAGGAGAGCAUUGGAUGUCACUUCUCUUCUUUUCGCUUCAAACUGGGAGUUGAGCGAAAACAUAACGACGACUUGGUGUCGUAUAGUUUCAGUGAUCUCUAUUUUCGAGCUGAGGAACAUAAUCUCAUUAGUUUGACACACUUGAUGUUUGAGUCGUUUGGAACCAAGCUUGAAAAUGUUGUCUCAGGCUUAGCAGUGCUUUCAUAAACUGAUUGUACUUGUGGAGUUUUUGUGAAGCGAGGAGUGUUUUAUACAAGGAGUCUCAUGAUCUGUGCAAAGACAUUCAAACUCCUUUCACCAGUUCGACCUGCAAACGUUAGAAAAACAACGUUCUAGUGUGUGCGAUAUUAACCUAAGGAUGAUCACCAUCUUAAUAUCAUAUUCUGUAUGGUUUAAAAUGAAACAGGAUGGAGCCGGUGUGCCUUGCAUGCAACAAUUAGUGGAGUGUGAUAUACCAAAUGACCAGGCACUCCCAAAACACUCAGUCUCCUCUGGUGGAAAUUUAUUGAUCCGCCUCAAUAAGUUUUAAAAUAAUUGAAAAGUUAUUUUGACUUAAUAAAGAUAAAUAAAUUAAGGCUCAUAUAUUUAUUAUGCAAACAAUUAUAUUGCAACUGUUACAUGAUUUAGCCUGAGUAAAAAGUUUUAUUUAUUCAAAAACGUCCAAACCAGUUGGUCCGAUGUGAAAAUAUAAUUGCCUUCCUUGUCAAAUCCUGAACUAACUGGUUUGGUUCCACUAGCAGCACACAUACCUGCUUACCGACAGACCUGUAGAAUAAUAAAACACGUUAUACAGUACCUGUCUGACAGCACGAAGCAGGUUAAAAGACAGCAAAAAGGAUCAGAAGUAAAGUUUUUGGAAUCUAUAACAAAGUCAUUACUAAGGCUUUGGAAGUUCAGUGAGUGGCUCAAAAAUGAACAAAAUACAGUUUGUGCAAUGGCCUAGUCAAUGUCCAAACCUCAGUCCAUUUAAGGGCAUGACCGUUAACAAGCCAUUAUUGCUUGAAAACCAUUUACUGAAGUAAAACAAUUGUAAAAGACUGAAUGCAAGUUAUCACAAAGCAGGAUUUAGGUUUAGGGGGCAUUUACUUUUUCACAAAAUUCAAACACAACUUUUUGUUUUUACUCAGGUUAUCCUUGAGUAAAAUGAAAAGAAACUACUUCAUGAUCUAAUAUGGACAAGGUGUGACAAAAGACCGAAAGACUUUAAAGGCAACAUUAAAGUCUUUAUGUUGCCUUUAAAGGCAACAUAGGCCACUUCAAAACCUUCUUUUUUAAUAUAAUCUUUUUUUCUUAUGUAAUCCAAUUCCACAUUAACUUUGCGGUUUUAAUUGUCUUUAAAUAUUUGUCCAAACGAUAAAAAUUAAUUCUUUGUGCAGUAAACAAUUUUCCCCCUUUUUGAAUUUAAUUACGAAAAAAGCCCAAAAACCUCUGGUUCCAUCUGGACCACCAUCAACAAAUUGUGUCAGUUCUUUAUCUUUACUGUUUAAGUUAAGAGUGGGCUUCCUAUAACAUGGAUAUUUUGCCACUUGUUGAUGAAUUUUUUGUUUAAAAACAUCAGUAGUAUCUUGAGGUGUCCUGAGGGGGCCCAGACUUUGUCCUUCAGCCCAGAACAGCCCGGCAGGUUGCUACGGCCCUGCUGCUGGCCUGUUUUGUUUUGUCUUGUUUUUGUUUUGUUUUGUUUUACUUUUAACUUCCAGCAUUUGUGCACCUGUUUUGCUUCUUUGAAGAAUAAAAAUAAAAAUAAAAACGCAAUGCAGCUACGUUUUAUUGAUCAUAACGUUUAAAACUAACUGAAACUAAUAUGCAUUCAAAGAGCCUUGCCAUAUACUGCAAGCUAACUCUUAAUGUGAUGUGUGUGUGUACAGCAUGGAUUUCCUUCGGCAGUCAUCCGGUCCACUGUGUUCCUUCCUCUCCGCUGAAUGACGGCUGGUGUCGUGAGGUUUUUCAGUGUAUUAAUGUUCUGUAUAUCGCUGUAAACAUGGCAUGGAAACCAACUUUUUUCGUGUGCCUCAGGUGUGUAAAUUUAGUGAUCAUGUGACCUUAAUGUCUGGCUGCUUGUUUGUGAGACGUGCGAUGCAUCUCUUGUGUUUCCGUAAUUUAUCAUUAAUAUUGUUAUUAUUCACAUGAUCUCUAUUUUAUGAAUUUCUUUUUUCUUUUUUUUUCUGUCUGAAAAACAGGAUUUCGGUUAAUAAAGCGGAACAACUUUUAAUAUA